UGAUGAUAAGAGUAUUAUCUCAUCUACCACUUUUUUCAGGGCGAUCGUCGAACCAUGAUCCUCGAUCGAGCCAAGAUGGCAUAUCACAAACUCAGCGCGAUUAUGGUUGGGCAAUCAUUUGCAGAGCCCGCUCAAUAUCACACCCUUGUCCAGCUGCACCGUAUGAUGAACGAUAUGUUUUUCGAACAUCCUGUCGAUAUCCGAGAAUUGUAUGAAAUUCUUGCCAUUCCCGGAAAUGGAUUUCACUGUAUUCAUCAUCCGCAUCAAGGUUGGCUCGUAAUUUAUAGUGGCCUUGGUUUAGCGAUGAACGACAACCUCUCUCCUCUUUUGCCCGGCCGGCCGAUACCAUCUCACGCUUCAUCCUUAUCUCAUCCUUCUACAAACUCUCAUGCAUCAUCAGGAACAACACCAUUAUCUUUUCCCCUGGCGAAUUCAUCGUUCGAUCCCGAGAUUCAUCGCAAUAGCAAUUUAUUCAAUGAAUUAUCCUAAAGCUCCAAUUUCAAGGGACGGAAAAUCAACAUUUAUCACAUCCUCAUCGCAUAUCCUCCAUUUCCCUCUUUCGCUUUUUUUGUCCCUUUUUCCUACUAUGUGGUCACAUAGUAUAUCAUUCUAUAAUCACCUCUUAAUAUAAAGAGGGCAAAAAAAAAGAUUCUGUACAUUAUGCCCUAUCACUCAUCGCAUUCAACAUCUGAUUUUUUUUUUAAAAAUUUUCUUCCUCGUCUCGUUCGCUUCCGCUUUU